AUGGUUGUUCUCUCUCUGCUCGUUCUUAUCCUGGCUAUUGCAAACUCGCUUCUCAUUGAUGGGGUGUCAAUCCAUCCUCCUCAAGAUAAAAGCAAGGCGAUCCUGCUCUCUGCAGUUGAAUUGAAAACGUAUACAAUGAGCUCUCAGCAAGAAAAGGUUGUUUUUACUGCACGAUUCUGUCCUCCCGUCGCUUAUACCUCAUAUUCUAUCCAGUUUCUUAUCGAGAGCGAUUAUAAGGAAGCUCAGACAUAUACUCGCACAUUCACUCCCGUCUCAACGGAUUGCAUAGAUGUUACGAGUGCGCUUCAUCAAGAUAUUCACAACUACUGGACCCUUUCUCCAGGAGUCUAUUUAUUGUAUGUGUCUGUGAGUGAUGCAUACAAAAAACUGCUCUAUUCCACCGCACUACCCUUGAAGAUCGAGCCAAAGUCGAUUCAGCUCUCCUCACAGACUACAGAUACCCCUCCUCGUGUGGCUCCUAUUAUGAAACCCGAUAGUUCCAUUGACAAGAAUUACUGUGGAGAUGGAACUUGCAAUUCUGGAGAGGACUGCCAGUCUUGCCCUCUCGACUGUGGUUUGUGUCGUCCAUACUCCUGCUCUCCUUCUUGCAAACUGCCGGACUGCCAGUGUGCUCAAACUCGACAUCCUACCAUCCAGGACACCUCCAAGAUCCCUCAGUUUGUGGCAAUCACUUGGGAUGAUGCGCAAACGCCCACAACCUUCAGUCAUAUGAUGGAGGUGGCUCGCUCUACUGCCGCUCGGGACCAUUUCAACUGCCGACCGAAAAUGACCUUUUUCACACAAACGAACGAUAAUCAAUAUCAAUACACCAAGCAACUCUAUCUUGAAGGGCAUGAAGUGGCUCUUCAUUCGAUCUCGCACAGAACGGAUACGAGUACGCAAAAAAAGACGUGGGAAAAGGAGAUCGUCAAGGCUCGCAGCUACAUUUCCAAAUAUUCGGGUAUUCCUGAAGAGAAGAUCGUUGGCUUCCGAGCUCCUGACCUGAAGUACAACAAUGACAUGGCUGAAGUUUUGAAAGAGCGAGGAUUCCUCUACGAUAGUAGUAUUCCUGUCGAUACGACUUCGAAAGCAUUUUACCACCCCUACACGCUGGAUUACGGAGCGAUUGAGCAAUCGUGGAAAGCUCCAUCCAUUACCACUCCCCACUCUGGUUUGUGGGAAUUCCCAUUGCCCACAUUGGUCAAUGAUGAUUUCACGACGAUCACGAUUCAAGACCCUGAAGGAUCUCCUGAGGAAAUCAUUGAUUUGCUCCAAAAGAACUUUGAUUUGCACUAUGAAAGUGAUCGAGCACCGUACCUUAUCGGACUUACAGCUUCAUGGCUCUUGCAGAGCGUGGAGGAUCGAAUGAGGGCACUAGAAACGGUGCUGCAGUAUAUGGCAUCCAAGUCCAACGUCAUUUUCGCCUCUGUGUCGGAAAUUGUGCGCUACUAUCAGAAUCCAGUCGAUAUCAAUAGCAUGAAAGCAUCGGACUAUCCAUGUGUCACAGCGACAGAAACGUAUAUCAUUCAAGAAUCGAUUAAACAUUCAAUCACUUCUACCACUCAUCACUCUAGAGAAACUUUAAAACCUGUGAACAGUGUCCUGAUUACUAUCCUGGAGAGGAACCGGACUCAUCCACCAUCGGAACUGUAUCUCCUGGCAAUCAAUGGGAAGGACGGUAUGCGCAACAAAGCCACGGAAGAGUUUGAGUUAACGCUCUAUACCAAAAACUGCCAGAUUACAACACUUUGGGGGUUAAAGAUUGAGUCAUCCUCGCAAGGUCGAUAUGUCCUUCGUUCCGACAGAGAGAUAUUGAUAAAGCCUGGAGCUGUCAGAAAAUACGAAUCGAUCGGGAUUUGCGCCAAGACGAGUCAAAACUACUCUGUGUCGGGGAAGGUGAUAAUGUAUGCCAUCAAUUAG